AACAUGUGCUUGUUGGCCGGGCAGUUCAGUUAGACUCCGGCGGAAGCCUUACACCCAGGUGAGGAUCUGUCCUGAGUUACAUGUGGGAACAUGUUUCGAGAACUCUGCGUUCUCGGCAUGACGAAUAUGCAUACUACGACCAUUUCUAUGAACAUGCAUGAUCAGUUGCUCCUAGACCGGAAGGAGAACUGGACUACUUCCAGCAUCUUGAGUUAUCUUCUUCUCUGCAUCCUAUACCACACCGCAGACAGCAUUUUAAGUUGUCAUCCUUGUCAAAGUUUCUGCUCUAUCUCAUUCAUGAUUCCGUUCUGCAUACACUCAUUUCAUCACCUACAUCCAAGCUUAUGGAAUUCACUGGCUAUGAGGCGUUUGUUAUCAGGUUGUGUUGGUCUCAGAACCAUGUCUAUAUCGUUAGGGACUUCAUCUUCUGGUGGUCCGUGUUGUGUCUAUGAUUGCUCUUUCUUCCACUCGAUGUUCAUAUUUGCGAUACCAACGUUCUGUUCGUUUUCUUCUCCACCAAGUCUUAUUGGACAUUUCACUCUUCUCUCAUCCUUAUUUCUACCCCGAUACUCACGAUAAUACUUUGGUUGCUAUGCUGGGCUGAAAUCAUCGAAGCCGGGCAAAACACGGUAAUUCUGGAUAAUGAUAGGUAAUACCAUUU